CACGUUAAGACUGUUUUAUUUUAUCUCACUUAUAAAUGCUUUUGCGAGAAUUAGUCGACAAACUAGUCUGGAUUACGAAAACAUUGGAAAUUUCAGAGACUUUGAUGGCGAUACAUUUUUGCUGCUAAAAGACCUUUGCAUCAAACUUUCUACAUCUUUAGUAUACCACAAAGAUCUGGUGAAGGAUAUUGUGUGGACCGGAGUCUAUUAUUGGGGCGUAUUUUUUCAAUUACAAAAAACAUGUUUCAAUGUGAAGCUUAUUGAACCUACGGUUGAGGCCAUGCGAGACGCUCACAACCAGAUGGACGAAUACCUCGCCACUAAACCACACGACUGGUACGCGGCAUCGCUACAUAUCAUAAUCAAAGAUCACUUGAACACCAGAGAGAUGUUGCUGUACCAAGACCCAGGUUCACCUCAAGGGCACUUCAACGCGGUUCCUCGCACCAUGCUCCCACAAAGAUCAGUGCAACCAGAAGAACAAGAAUCAAUGGACAUGUUCGACUUGAGACUGCAAGUUCUUCACACGUCCAGCGCGACCUGUCCCAAUGCCAAGUUCCUUUUCAUACUAAUGUGUGACGCGGGAGCGAUACUCCUGACCACUGUUGAGGAUAACAGCAACUGCCCCGAUAAAGAAACACUAGAUGAAGUUAUUAACAGUUUCACUAUGCCUCUCGGGAGGUACUCCUGUGAAGCGUAUUUGAAUAUGACAAGUUAUUUUAUUUAUAAUUUCUGAUCGUGGAUAAAAAAGUGUAAGCGCUAAUAUAGUUAAGAACUUUUCGUUCAAAAAGGUUAUU